AGCAUCUCUCCUUACUCCUUAGAGAAAGAAAGGGAGAAAGAAGACGAGAAGAUGGUGUAUUAUCCGCUCGCCGCCGCCGUGCGCUGCCACUGCCCGCCCCUCCUCCACCCCCGCCGCGCCCCGCCGGCGACGGCGGCCACCCCGCUCCGUCGCCGCCCCCUCCAGCUCCGUCCCCUCACAUCCUCGCCCGGACUGCGGACCCGUGGCCGCCGCCACGCCGUCGACCCCGAGGACGACGGCGGGGAAGACGACGGCUUCCUCACCCUCGACCUGGAGGACUUCGAGGGGUUCGCCGACGGGGACGGGGAGGAGGAGGGGCCGUCGCCGUGGGAGGGGGCCGUGGUGUACCGGCGCGACGCGUCGGCGCAGCACGUCGAGUAUGCCACCACCCUGGAGCGCCUCGGCCUGGCCGACCUCUCGUCCCCGCACUCCCGCGCGCACGCCGCCGCCAUGGGCAUCAUGCCCCCCUCCAAGCCGCGCCGCGGCGCCGGGGACGCGCCCGCGCCCGCGACGACGCCCGUGCUCGUCUCCGUCGACGUCGCCCGGCGCCGCGGCCGGCUCCGGCUCGACGGCAUCCUGCGCACCGUCAUCACCCUCGGCUGCUACCGGUGUGCCGAGCCAGCUGCCGAAGGCGUAUUCGCGAAUUUCUCUCUCCUGCUGACAGAAGACCCGGUGGAGGAACCCGACGUGGUCGACCUCGGCACCAUAUAUGAAGAAGACAGAACCAAAUUCCCUUCGAUAACUGGCAGCGAGGACGAGAACGAUGAAGAUAUAGACUGGGAUGACCGCCUGCAUUUCCCGGCCGGGGAGAAGGAGAUCGACAUCUCGAAGAACCUUCGGGACAUCAUCCACCUGGAGAUAACGCUGGACGCCUUCUGCAGCAGCACCUGCAAGGGCCUGUGCCUCGUCUGCGGCGCAAACCUCAACACGAGCAGCUGCAGCUGCAGCACGGAGGAGCCGCAGGCCAAGGACGCCAGGCGUCCGGGAACCCUCAAAGACCUGCUGAAGCCUAUGCAGAGAAGAUUAUGAUGAGGCAGACAGUGCAUAUGUAGGUAUCUUGUAGCCUGUGUGAUAGUCUUUAGGAUUGCCAUGAGCAAGAUAUGCAGCCCGGUGAAAAUGCAAAUACUUGAUGGUGGCGAUAGAGGGGAACUAGACCUGCGACAUUUGAGUCGCGUCUCAUGCUUCGCUGCACCGACAGUGCAAAUCUCUCUGGCAGUUCCUCACAAGUUCAUGAUUAUCAUCUGUAUUGCCUCAUCUUACUGUCUGAAAGUAGAAGCCUGCAAUGCAAUGCUAGGAUAUUAUGUUGUACCGCAAAACUUGAAAUGAUAUGUGGGUGAAUUUGCGUGACA